CACAACAUCAAUUAGCGAUAUCAAUGAUACAAGACUCGGAGGCAUUUCACUACAAACUUAAUGAACAACAGAUUCAAUUAAAUCAAACCAGUGAAGAUGUUUCAAGUCUGAAUCGUUCACACCAACAAUUGAAUAUAUUGGCGAUACAAAAACUUUUCCCGAAGGAUUGCAAAAAUGCAAAACGUAGCUAUGCAAAAAGUCAAAACACCACCGGUGGAGUCUUUAAAAUAUAUCCGGAAUCAGGAGUCAAACCUGUCGAAGUUUACUGCGAUCUCGAGACCGAUGGAGGCGGGUGGAUCGUCUUUCAAAGGCGAAUGGAUGGAACAGAAGAUUUUUACAGAGGGUGGGACGACUAUGUCAAUGGAUUCGGAGAAAAAGAUAAAGAAAUGUGGUUAGGCUUGGAAACAAUCCAUCAGCUGACUAAAAACGGAAGUUACGAACUAAGAGUCGAUUUGGAAGAUUUUGUUGGAAACACUUCUUAUGCUAAAUUUGGCGCGUUUUCUAUCGCAUCUGCAAGCGAUAACUAUCGGUUGAUAGUUGGAGAGUAUAAUGGAACAGCUGGAGAUUCAUUGACGCCUCAUACCAAUAUGCAGUUUUCCACAAAAGAUUCUGAUAAUGAUAGAUGGUGCUGUUCCGGCAGCUGCGCACAGAUGUACAAAGGAGCCUGGUGGUACAGAACUUGCUAUUACUCAAAUCUGAACGGCAUCUAUUACCAGAAUGGGGACAGAUCGGUUACUUGGAAUAGCUUCAAGAAUGGUAAAUCCCUGAAGUUCACGGAGAUGAAGUUCAGGGAGAAAACGUAAUUCAGCCAAUAAUUAUUGCCGCAUAGAAAUAUUUCAAUGUUUCUUGUCAUUGCAACAUUUUAAACAUCAAAUGGCAUUUGGACUGCAAUGGUAUCUCGCAUAAAAACGACAUUCUUUGGAAAAUUUGACAUUUUCGUUUCCCAUGUAAAUUAAUUUCUUCAUUUACAUAAUGAUCGCAUCCAUUUAUACCUAACUUUUCACUGUUGAAACGAUAAGAACUGCACUCAUUGAAUAUGCAAAAAUGAAGCUUUGUUGAAACUUUAUAGAAAGCACUGUCUGAGAUAUUAGGUAACAUAACUUCACUCGAUACCUGUGCUAGAGAAAAUUUCCUUAUUCAGCGCAAUCUACCUUUGUUCUGUAUUUCAUAUUUGUAUCUACUGCUAUAUUUAAAACUCCACAUGCUAAUGUGAGUCAUUGUUGCAUUAGAUCAAACUUUCUAUUAUAUUUUCUGCUACCCUUUUUUAUUAGGAAAUUCUUCAUUGAGACAAACAGCUAUGAAUAAUAUACUUUAAAUAUUGCAUUGAAUAUCGUUGUUUUCUUUGUAUUAAGUUUUAUUCAUUGACCAACGAAACUUAAUAAAUCUCACAUUCCAUGAUAAACAAUAUGAUAUUAUUGCCGUCACAUAGU